AUGGAUUCAAAGUAUAAAUCAGAAAACAAAUUUGAUUAAUCAAAUGCAGUUGAAAUCAAACCACCAGAUACCUUAGUCUUCGAGGUUUUGCCCAAUCAAAAGAAGAUAUAUGCCAGAGUAGAAAUAUUCAACAAAGCACCCCAAGAUGUGAUGUUUCGUAUCAAAACUACAGCUCCAGAUUUCUAUGUGAUUUCCUAUGACAAAGAGCGACCCAUCACUACCUUCUCAUCUUAUGCCAUUGAUAUUCUCUUGAUUUGUGACCAAUCAAGAAUUUAGCAUCGUCUCAAAGAUAAGUUUCUAAUUUAAGUUGUUGAAAAAUAGAAAUAUGAUGCGGCUGCCAAUGAUGACUCAAGGUGGUCAAUUCUACUCAAAGAACAAAAAUUAACUGUUAGCCUCAUUCGGAAAGAUCUAUAUUCAUCAUAGUAAUCAUAAAAAACACAAUUACCACCCAGUUGUAUCAAGCAGUAAUCCGUUGCUUAAAUUGUUUAAUCUCGUUUUUUAUAGGGUUCGAAUGCACUUCUCAAUUAAGGAUUCUCUAAUCCUUAUAAUUAAGAGAGUAGCGUAAUACAAACUGACGAAGAUAGGAACAUGAAAAUUAAAUUAGAUUCACUGAAAUAAAAAUAUCAAGAAUAAGCCAAAUUGAUUGAACAAUAUAAAUUUGAUAUUAAUGAAUUACAGAAUGAAAUAGACAGAAACUCCUUUAUCUAUGAUCUAGAGAAGAAAAAGGAAUAGAAUGAUUAGCCAGAAGAAAAUAUAUCAACAGCCUUGAGAGAUAAAACUGGAAUACCAUUAUGGGAACUCUUUAUUGCAGCUACGAUUGCCUUAAUUUUAGGUGCUCUACUCAAUAGAAAAUGA